UGGAGAAGCGUGUUCCGGGCAGUUCUGGUCCUGGUCCCGGUCCCGGUCCCGGUCCGGCUCUGCAUUCCCCUAGCGCCGCUCUCGCUGUGCUGCCGAGCCUCCCCUCUCCGUCCAGUCUCCAGCUUCCAUGAGAUUUUUUAGGCUCACCUUCAAGUGUUUUGUGGAUUGCUUCUGAAACCUAGCGACCGCCUGAGUGUGUUCUAAUCAUCUCCGUCCCAUCUUGCACCAUGAUAUCCUCCUCAGUCCAGCUCCAUUCAGGUGGAAUUGGCUGUUCCCGUGCCCCUGAAAGUGAAAGCACUGAACUGGCUGGUGACCCUGAGUCUGGUCAGGAAGAUAAAUCCGUAUUGACUCCUCUCGUUGUCACAAACGGUUGUGUCAAGGAUCCAGGGUCGGAGCGAGAGACAUGGACUCGUCAGAUGGAUUUCAUCAUGUCCUGUGUAGGGUUUGCUGUGGGACUGGGUAAUGUUUGGCGAUUUCCCUACCUGUGUUAUAAAAAUGGAGGUGGAGUCUUCCUCAUCCCAUAUUUGCUGAUUGUUUUGGUGGGAGGAAUCCCAGUGUUUUUCUUGGAGAUUGCACUGGGGCAGUUCAUGAAACAGGGAGGUAUUGGUGCAUGGAAUAUUGCACCUCUCUUCAAAGGUUUGGGCUUCGCCUCGAUGGUGAUUGUGUUUUUCUGUAACACGUACUAUAUCAUGGUGCUUGCCUGGGGUUUGUAUUAUCUCAUCCAUUCCUUCACCAACAAUCUUCCUUGGGCAACGUGUGGAAACUCAUGGAACACUCCAGAAUGUACUGAAGUCUUCCGGCAUGAUCAAUGCCAUAACGGGACUGUCGUAAACUCCACGACGGCCUUCAAUGUGAGCUGUGACGAGUUGGUGGACAAGCGCUCGCCCAUCAUCGAGUUUUGGGAGAGGAAGGUUUUGCGAAUCUCCGUCGGGAUUGAUCACCUCGGAACGAUCAACUGGCAGAUGCUCCUGUGUGUCCUCACCACCUGGAUUAUUGUCUACUUCUGUAUUUGGAAAGGGGUGAAAUCAACAGGGAAGGUGGUCUAUUUCACGGCUCUGUUCCCCUAUCUCGUUCUGGUCAUCCUCCUUGCCCAUGGCGUCUCAUUACCAGGAGCUCUGGAUGGCAUCAUUUAUUAUUUGAAACCUGAUUGGUCCAAGCUUGGUGAAGCUCAGGUUUGGAUUGAUGCAGGAACCCAGAUCUUUUUCUCAUAUGCGAUUGGAUUAGGAGCACUCACAGCACUAGGCAGCUACAAUCGUUUUCACAACAACUGCUACAGAGAUGCGUACCUCCUGGCUCUGAUUAACAGCAUCACCAGCUUCUUCUCAGGGUUUGUCGUGUUCUCUGUGCUUGGCUUCAUGGCGUCGGAACAAGGGAUGGACAUCUCCAAAGUGGCUGAGUCUGGACCUGGCCUGGCUUUUAUUGCUUACCCCAAGGCGGUGACCCUGAUGCCAGUUGCCCCUCUCUGGGCAGCUCUGUUUUUCUUCAUGCUCCUGGUCCUUGGUUUGGAUAGUCAGUUUGUGGGAGUCGAGGGGUUUAUCACAGGAAUCAUGGAUCUGUUCCCAAUGUACGUGUCCGGGGGUCUGCGCAGAGAAAUCGUCGUUGCUGUUUGCUGCCUGAUCUGUUUUGUCAUUGACCUGUGCAUGGUGACCAAUGGUGGCAUGUACAUCUUCCAGCUGUUUGACUAUUACUCUGCUAGUGGCAUCACGUUAUUGUGGCAGGCGUUCUGGGAGUGUGUGGUGGUAGCCUGGGUAUACGGUGCUGACCGUUUCAUCGAUGAUAUUGCCCGAAUGAUCGGCUAUCGGCCUUUACCCUGGAUCAAAUGGUGCUGGCUCUUUAUCACCCCCUGUGUCUGUGUGGGAAUCUUCCUGUUUCACAUUGUCAACUACAAACCCCUCACUUACAACAAGACCUACGUGUACCCAUGGUGGGGCGAGAUGAUUGGCUGGAUCCUGGCAAUAGCUUCGAUGGUCUGUAUCCCCCUCACUGUAGGGAUCAAGAUGCUGCGAGCUGAGGGAACCCUCAAACAGCGUUGGCAAUGCCUCACCACCCCAGUGUGGGGCUCACACCACCUGCAGUACAUGACCCACGAGGCUUCCUCCAAGUUCCUACCAGCAGAUGGACAAAGCCAGGUGCACAAGGAGAAGGAGACCACCAUCUAACUGCACUACAGGGGGCACUCUCUCCUCUACCCCUCAAACCCCCAUCCCUUCCCCGCUCUGCCAAGUUCUGUCUGUGAUUAUGCGUAGCAUCGAUUCCCAUUCGGAUUUCACAUGCAGAUCUUCAAGUGUUUUGUACAGAGUGUAGCUGUCAUGGUCGAUGUAGAGACUGUCUAUUUUCCCCAAUGUAUUGUUUGCUUUGUAAAUAUGCACGGUUCUCAGAAAUUACACUGUGACCUUAAACAGCAGCAGUGUUGGACAUGCCCCAUCCCAAAUGAAAACCAGCUGAGUUAGCCAAUCGCGUACCCAGAUCCUCACAAUCCUUUCCCGUCGUGUUGGGUCAAACAGACUGACAUUGGCGUUGACUCCUGAUCCACCUCAGCAGGAGCUCACCAGGGAAUGGAAGGGACUCAAGGAGGGACAGAGAGGGCAAGUGACAGUGAGCUACACCAGAGAGGUAGAGACAAGAGAGCCCAGACUCAGCGGGUGGAGGGGAAGGCUGGCGAUUGGUCUCAGGGAGAGGGUGUUCACAUACAGAGGGUUGGCAGGAGGAGCUGUCGAGGUUGAAUGAAUAAAAAUUGCAACAGCAAGUGAUGAGGAGAUGGGUACCAAUCCCCAAUCCAGUGUCACCUCACUGGUAUUUUGUGCUGUGUCUUACUUGGGUCACUUGGUAGUUUCCUUCCAGGAGAAAGUGAGUACUGCAGAUGCUGGAGAUCAGAGCUGAAAAUGUGU